UAUGGGUGAAAUUACCUUUUAGAAAAAAGAAAAAAAACCUUAAAAGGCUUGUUGGUUACUUGUUCUUGCUCACCCCUCACAACCGGAUAUCGGAAAAUGGAAGCAAGUGCAAGGGUGAAGAGCAAAAAGAAGAAGAAGACAACAGCAGAAUCGCUUAGCCAUGAUGUUCUCUGUAUUAUCUUCUCCUUUCUCGACUUAGUCCAGCUCAUUCGCUGCUCCGCCGUUUCUACCUCUUGGAGUAAAGCCGUCAACAAAUUGAAGUUACAUCAAACAGAAUACUUCAAGCAGCAUCAUAGUGAUCCUAAUGGACUAAGUGAUGCAUCUUUCUCGGAGAGAUCAUUGAGUGAACAAGCGGAGCAGCUAGCUAUGGAACGACAUAGACUGGCAUUACAAAGAGGUCCUGCUAAUGUUUUUCAGUGGAAAGGUCAUUCUGUUGGGGUUAAUCAGUGCAGAAUGAAGAUGGGGAAAGUCCUUACUGGUGUGGGUGACAAGGUCAUGCGUCUCUGGUCUGCAGAAAACUGCAAAUGUUUGGAUGAAUAUUCCCUUGUUGAUAGAGCCCCUUUAAUUGAUUUUGAUUUUGACGAGGGCAAGGUUGUUGGUUUGGUUGGCACCCGUAUAUGCAUCUGGAAUCGGACGGAGACAAGAAAUGUAUUUUCCUCACGUGAAAACUUAUUUACAAAGUGCCUCUGUAUGCGUUAUGUAGACCCUGAAGCUGUGAUUGGAUGUGAGGAUGGAAAGGUUCGUGUAUUUGACAUGUACAGCAGAAAGUGUUCCCAAAUAAUAAAGAUGCAUCAGGGGCCUGUUACUUGCUUAGCUUUUACUGAUGACCAAUUGCUUGUUAGCGGUUCCUCUCUUGGCACCCUUUCGCUAUCGGAUCUUUCUUCCGAUCAGCGAGUUGUUCUGCUGGGAUCAACCUACUCUGCAGGUGUCAAGACUUUGUGUUUCAACCCUAGCUCCUAUAUGCUGUUUGCCGGAUCAACUGCUGGAAAUGUGUCUUGUUGGGACCUCAGGAAGACAAACGGAACUCUAUGGGAUACACGAGUGUCUCCAAAUGUUGUUUAUUCUAUGCAUCACCUUAGGAACGACACUUCAACAUUGGUAGUUGGUGGAAUCGACGGUGUGUUAAGAAUUGUGGAUCAGGUAACUGGCGAAGUAGUUUCGAGAUGCGUAAUGGAUGAUAGUAGCACUAUGUUACAUCGUUCAACAGAGAGAUUUGGAACCCUGCAAAUUGAGAAGAGGAAACUGAAAAGGCUGUCUGAAGAUGAUCGGAUUGAUCUUAUGCCAAGAGCUUCCCGUCCACAAAUCACGUGUUUAGCUGUUGGGAUGGAGAAAGUUGUUACUACGCAUAAUGAUAAGUAUAUCAGAGUUUGGAAAUUCAAGAAUUGAAAAGGAUUCUCAUACACUACCUGAGAACUCCAGGUAUUUGUUGCGGUACUGCCGCACUUCUUUGUAAUAGUGCUGUUUUUAACAUUAUCGUGCUGUUUUUGGCACCUGACACCUCUUUUUUUGUUCGGGUGUGUCUUUAUGUGUAUUACUGUUUUACAUAGAUUUUUCUUUUUAUUUAAAUCUAGCUGUCUCAAAUCGAUUUGACAUGCAUAUGAUUACUUCAAAUA